AUGCCUCUCUUUCCAAUGGGCACGGGCAUCCAGAACGACCAACUCUCUAUCGGAGAUGAUGCCAAAGCCCCAUCCCCCGCGAUUCCACGCGCAACCCAGAUCAAAAACCGCCGCAAGCGCUAUCUAGACCUUCAUCCAGAGUAUUUCUCUGCAGACCUCGAGCUAGCCGACCCGUUACUCUACGACCGCCUGAUACGCCGAUUCCAGACACCUGCGGAGCGCGAAGCUGAGGGUCGCGCAAAAGGAUUCUCUGGCGUCCUACAGGCAGAUCUGAUCCGAUCCGAGGCGAAAAUGGACGCGUUGAAUCACCCUGAUCCCCACGCGAUGUUUACCUAUGCUCGUGGUCCGAAUGGGGAGAUCCUGGCGGAGGAUGUCGACGAGAUACCUGGAAGCAAGGAGGAGGGGAAGAAGGCGUGGGAAUGGGAGAUGACGAUGCGGUUUCUAAGAGGGGAGGAUUCAGACUUUGAUUAUACAGUUGUGGAUGACAAUGAGGAAUUUGAUGAUUUGCAGGAAGAGCAGGAGCGGUAUUUCGACGAUGAGGAGCCGGAGUGGGUGGUUGAGGGUGAGGGUGAUAUGAGAGCGCGUCUGCAGGGGGAGACUGGGGUUCAGGAUUUUUGA